AUGACCAGUGCCACGCACCCGUACGAGUGCGACGUUUGUCUUGAUUUCCCCGCUGAGGCGGACGCCCAAUUCGUGUUGCAAACGCUCGAGGUCGACGCCGAGCUGCAGCCAGAGAAAAUCCACCGCACUAUGACCGUCAAAGGCCCCGCGCUUCACGUUCACUUCGAAGCCACAGAAAUUCGACUGCUGCGCGCAGCGGUAUCUUCCUUCUAUGACAUGAGUAUGCUGACGGCCAGAACGUUGCUGGAGUUCAAGUAG